GGUCACAGUUGUGUUUUCCCGCUUUCGAAGCACCGCCGGCUGUGUCUGUAUCGAUUUCUUUAAUUGUUCGUUGUGAGAAGAUAAUUUUUGUUUCUUACGUUGCAUUGACUUUACGGGAGAAUGCCGAAAAAAAACAAGAAGGAAGAGUCUUCGUCGGAUUCCGAUUCCGGCCCAGACGAUAGGGAACCAGUGAGAAAGAAGCCGAAAGCGGAUUCGAAUUCUUUCCGAACCAACGACGAAGAACCUACAUGGGAUUUGGGAAAAAAUCGGUUUGCCAAGGUUUCCGAAUUUAAAGGCAAGAUUUACAUCAACAUCCGCGAGUUCUACAAUGCCGACGGCGACUUGAAACCUGGCAAGAAGGGCAUCAUGCUCACCCCUGAGCAGUGGAACAGACUUAAGGUGUCGGUCGAAGAAAUUGAUGAAGAAAUCAAGAAAAGGGCAUAAAUUGCAUUCUUCAGCUCAAGUCUGCAUUAGUUUAAUGUUGAGAAAUUUUGUAUGUUUUUGUUUCUUAAAUUCGAUUACUUAAUAAAGUCACAUUGAAAACUGA